AUGGUGAAACAGGUGCGCUAGCUGGAAUGGAUUCAGAAUUUGGGCCAAUCCCUUCCUCCUUUCUUUCUACACAGCCAGUGCAUAUGACAUAUGAAGUGCAAGAUUAUGCCCGAAAGGAAGCAAGACAUAUGCCCUAUAUUAAAAUCAAUUACCUCUGUUCCUACUUUAACCCCUUUUUCCAUCAUUUAUGGAUUUGCUUAUUUAUUUAUGCAGUUACACCUUUUUCUUCCUGUCUUUUCUUUGCAUUCUUUUCCUUUUAAGAACGUCGAGUUGCCACUUCUCAUCACUGUAUUGCCUGACCCUUUUAAUAACAAAUCAAACAUUGUUCAGAGUUCCUGAAAUCAGUUUGAAAUCAAAAGAUAAAAAAGGAACAAAGCAAGAACUGGAAAAAAGGAAAAACACCCUUUUGGAUAAUGAUUUGGGUAAACAAAAAGAAAUACAGAAGGCUAACUUUUACAUUCUUAAUACACAAGAAAUACUACAUUGAAUUAGAGUGAGAGAGCUUCUAACUGGGUUUACCAUCUACAAUGGGUUUACCAUGGCCUGCAUUCUUCAACUGCUCUUUACUGCCAUUGCCACUAACUUUAAGUCUGUCACCAUCCGCAUACGUUUUCUGUCAACUAUCAGUUCAAGCCUUUUUUCAUCCAUUACACCAAGUAAAAGCCUGGACAUUCCUCAACAUUACCCACGCUACAAGUUUAUUGAGUUCACCAUCACAAGCCAGGACAUCUUCAUAUUUUUCAUUUACAGCAAGUUUUGGUUUUGUUAUUUUCAAUACUAUUUUAAAAAGGCAGUAUAAAAGCUUCCAAAGUUAUUUUAAUUUAUUUUUCACCAAACUGCAAAGUGUUCACGAUUCUCCAGAAUUUUUUCUUCUUAUAACUAACUCUCAGCCUAAGUUACAUUCUGGACAUAUUUUAAGAUGUCGUCAAUUCCAGGCACAAAAUGUUUAUUAGGAAGAUUCUUAUAGAGUAAAACGGAUGUACUAACGUUAAUCUUAUCUUCUUUCUAUCCUUUUAAGUACAAUGGAGCUUGUUUUGAUCUUUCUCCUUGUUGCUUUUUUUUUUUGUUCUUGUUUUUCAUUUCCAUUUCCGUUUAUUGCUACUAUGCCUUCUAUGAUAAGCAUAGGGAAAGGGAAAUACAGGAGUUGAAGUAGCAGCUGGAUGCAGCCACCCACGCAAGGGACCAUCUACAUCCAAAAUGGUCACUUGUGGUGAAGUGGGUGCAAUUGCUGGAAUGGAUUCAGAAUUUGGUUGAGGGGCCUGGAAUGAGCAAGGUUUGCAAUGCACCUCUUGUCUUUUUCUAAUCUAUUGCACUGCUAACCUGCAGCAGGCUGACGAAUUUUUCACUCUUCGCAUUCUUUCCGGUCAAAGCCCCGAGGAAUGCCGAGAUCAAAAUUUUAUUUGCUGUGGCCAGGACCCUUCUGUUGACACCCAUUAUGCCUACAGGCCCAACUGGACCGACCUGACGCAACUGCCCUUUCUGACGCACUAUAUAUACUUGUACCAUCAGAAAUUCCGCCCUCAGCUGCUCAUGGGGAAUGCGCAAGACUUUUUAUUUCUGGCUAAGACGGGACUCCAUUUUCUGCAUCGUCUUAUUCCAACACAUCAGCGCUCUUCGAGAAACACUUUUCAGUAAAAUUGACCACCAAUGACUUUAGGAAAUGCGUUGUCGAUUAUUUUCUAUCGCUGCCAGUGAGUGGCAACCACGUCCUUCGCUACGUCCUUUUUCACAGCGAGAGGUGAAGUGCAAGAUUAGGUACGCGCUUAAGGAAGUAGGACAUGUGUCGUAUAUUUAUGAUACAUUACAUCUCCUUCUUUCACAUCUCUCUGUAUCAGUAAUAAACUUAUUUAUUCAUGCUGCUGCACUCAUUCAGGUGCUUCCUUAACUAAUCCGCUUUUUCUUCCUCUCUUCCUUUAUCUGCUUUUCCUAUCAUAAAAACGCAGCUGCCACAUCAAGGCACUCUGUUCCUUGACCCUCUUUACAACAACUCACAUUUCAUUGAGUUUGGUUGAAAAAAAAAAAAUAACUGAUGACGAUUCUCCAGCAUUUUUCCUUUUUCUUCGCUAUUCCUGUUCAGUUCAAAGCCGGUUAUUGUUGCACUGCCAUUUCAGAGCCUUUACCUUUCCGUUUAUAGCACCUGCCAUCACGUUUUCAUUGUGCACCAUCAAUCAUGGCCUGCAUUCCUCAACUGCUCUUUCCUGCCAUUGCCACCAACUUUAUGUUUGUCACCAUCUGCAACAGUUUUUUGUCAACUCUCAGUUCAAGCCUUUCUUCAUCCAUUGCACCAAGCAAAAGCCUCGAAAUUCCCCACACUACAACUUCAUUGAGUUCAUCAUCACAAGACCGGACAUCUUUACAUUCUUCACUUACAGCAAGUUUUGGUUUUGUUAUUUUCAAUACUGUCAAACAAACGUCGUUUAAAAGCUUGCACAUUUAUUUUACUUUAUUUUCCACCAAACUGCAAAGUGUUCAUAACUAAAUCUCAGAUUAAGUUACAUUCGUAACAUAUUUUUGAAAUGUCUUCAAUUCCAGUUUUAAAGUUUUAAGUAAGAUUCUUGUAGAGUAAAAACGGGUGUACUAACAGUAGGUCGAUGGAGCAAUUAACCACCCUGCGAAGGCAACUGGUAAGUGAGCAUAGGAAGCAACGCCUAUUUCAAUAGGCCACCAGGCCAUUGGUCAACAGAAAGGUAGUUCAUCCAGAGAUCUUGGAGCUCUGCCGAGAGCUCAAAUGGCAACUCGAAGAGUUGAGAGGCCUGGAAUGAGCAAGGUGUGCAAUGCACCUAACGUCUGGCAGGCUGAGGAAUUUUUCACUCUUCACAUUCUCUCUGGUCAAACUGCCGAGGAAUGCCGAGAUCAAAAUUUUAUUUGCUGUGGCCAGGACCCUUCUGUUGACACCCAUUAUGCCUAUGGGCCUAACUGUACCGACCUGACCCAACUACCCUUUCUGAUGCACUAUAUAUAUUUGUACCAUCAGAAAUUCCGCCCUCACCUGCUCAUGGGGAAUGCGCACGACUUUUUUUCUCUGCCUAACAGCAGGACUCCAUUUUCUGCAUUGUCUUAUUCCAACAUAUCAGCGCUCUUCGAGAAACACUUUUCGGUAAAAUUAACCACAAAUGACCUUAGGAAAUGUGUUGUCGAUUAUUUCCUAUCGCUGCCAGCGAGUGGCGACUACGCCCUUCGCUACUUCUUUCUUUCCUUCUUCACCGCGACAGAUGAGGUAGGAGAUUAGAUAUGCUUGUAACGAAGCAGGACAUGUCUCGUAUAUUUCUGAUACAUUACAUCUCUUUCUUCUUUCACAUCUUUCUUUCACACUCAUUCACGUGCUUCCUUAUUCCUUAACUAUUCCAUUUUUCUUCCUCUCCUUCAUUUACCUGCUUUUCCUUUUAUAAAAAUGCAGCUGCCACAUCAAGUCAUUGUGUUCCUUGACUCUCUUCACAACAAAUCACAUUUCAUUGAGUAUGGUUGAAAGAAAAAUAAAUGAUGACGAUUCUCCAGCAUUUUUGCUUGUUCUUCGCUAUUCCCGUUCAGGUCAAAGCCUGAUAUUAUUGUACUGCCAUUUCAGAGCCUUUACUUUUCUGUUUAUAGCACCUGCCAUCACGUUUUUAUUGUGCACCAUCAACCAUGGCGUGCAUUCCUCAACUGCUUUUUAUUGCCAUUGCCACCAACUUUAUGUUUGCCACCAUCUGCAUAAGUUUUCUGUCAACUAUCAGUUCAAGCGUUUCUUCGUCCAUUGGACCAAGCAAAAGCCUCGACAUUCCCCACACUACAAGUUCAUUGAGUUCAUCACAAGACAGGACAUCUUCACAUUCUUCACUUACAGCAAAUUUUUUUAUUUUCAAUACUGUCAAACAAACGUUGUUUAAAAGCUUGCACAUAUAUUUUUGAAACGUCUUCAAUUCCAGUCUCAAAGUUUUUAUUAAGAUUCUUGUAGAGUAAAGACAGGAGUACUAACAUUAUUUUUUUCUUUUUUAUCCUUUUUAGUACAAUGGAACUUGUUCUGAUCUUUCUUCCUUUUGUUUUUUGUUUAUUGCCAUUUGUUUAUUCCUAUUACCCUUUCUAUGAUAGGCGUAGGGAAAGGGAAAUACAGGAGUUGAAGUGGCAGCUGGAUGCAGCCGCCCACGCAAUGGACCAUGCCCAUCGGCCUCUUGUAGUGACCUCUUGUAGUGAGGUGGGUGCAAUUGCUGGAAUGGAUUCAGAAUUUGUUUCAAUUCCAAAAAGAUUCAAUUCUUUGUGUUAGGCUUUUCCUGUUUAAGCUGAGUUUUUAUAUGACAUUAUGCAAUUACAUGUACACAGUUUUCUUAUACAUUUCUUAUAUUUCAUUCUUUGGUAGGGCACCGCGAAUAUUGGCAGGAGCAUUGCUCACGUGAUUAUGGGACACUGAGGAAGUACUGAGAUACUGCAAGUAACCACCUGAUGGCCACAUGAAAGUCUAGCACCCGGCAAGAACGGAAUGUGGCUUUAGCUUUUUAAAGCCUGCAUCCUAUUGCACGCAGACAGGAGAUCUAUUACUCAUUAUCUGAAGCGAAACAAAUGUUCAAUAGAACGAUAGGGCCAACGGUCUGACUAGGCUAUUCUACUAUGGUAAUAGGGACCCUUUCCCAUGCAACUGGUUUCAAGUAGGUAGCUUAGGCGUCAGGUCCCCCUCCAAAAAGACAAAGACAAAGGCCAUUACGUGUAGCAGAUACAUUUCUCCGUUUUUCAGCAUCAUAAAAUUCCUUACACAAGUCCUGAAUUUCCCUCAGUCACUGAUAGGUCGCUGGAGUAAUUGCGCACCCUGCAAAGGCAACUGGAAGGUGAACAUAGAAAGCAACGCUUAUUCGAACAGGCCAGCAAGCCACUGGUCGAAAGAAAGGUAGUUUAUCCAGAGAUCUUGGAGCUCUGCCGAGAGCUCAAGUGGCAACUCAAAGGUCCGAAGGGCCUGGAACGAGCAAGGUGUGCAAUGGACCUCAGUCUUCUUCCAAUCUAUUGCAUCGCUAACCUGGGGCAGGAUGAGGAAUUUUUCACUCUUCGUAUUUUUUCCGGUCAAAGUGCCACGGAAUGCCGAGAUCAACAUUUCACUUGCUUUGGCAAGGACGGUUCUGUUGUCCUGGUAUAGUGUGACUAUGAGACCCAUUAUGCCGAGGGGCCCAACUGGACCGACUUGACGUAACUGCCCUUUCUGACGCACUAUAUAAACUUGUACCGUCAGAAAUUCCGCUCUCACCUGCUUAUGGGCAACGCGCACAACUUCUUUUCUCACUAAGAGCGGGACUCCAUUUUCUGCAUGGUCUCAUUCCAACUACAUAUCACCAGUCUUGGAGAAACACUUUUCAGUAAAAUUAACUACCAAUGACCUUAGGAAAUGCAUUGUCAAUUAUUUUCUCUCGCUGCCAGCGAGUGGCGACCAAGCCUUUUACAACUUCCUUCUCUCUUCCUUCUACACAGCCAGAGAUGAGGUGCGAGAUUAGGUAUGCGCUUAAGAAAGCAGGACACGUGUCGUAUGUUUAUGACACAUUACAUCUCCUUCUUUCACAUCUUACUGUAUCAGUAAUAAACUUAUUUAUCCUGUUGCACUCAUUCAAGUGCUUCCUUAUUCCUUAACUAUUCCAUUCUUUCUUCCUGCCUUUCCUUUAUCUGCUUUUCCUUUUAUGAAAAGGCACCUACCACAUCAAGACACUGUGUUCCUUGACCCUCUUUACCAAAAAUCACCUUUCACUGAAGACAACGACCACGAGGCGUCUGGUAACCAAAGGAUCGAGGAAGACGAAUUAAGUAUCUCGCCCUCGGAUGAAGACAUAAAUGAAUUCCUUGAGGUAUCGAACACCAAAGAGGCCGAUGUCACAGCUAAAACAACUGAGCCCAAAGAAGAAGUCGAGCUAAUGAAAUCUCUAGAGGCUGCCUUCACUGACGAUGAACUUGUUGGCGCCAAAAUAAACCAACGCUUGGCUAACGUAGUGUCCAAAUGGUGGGGCAUUACCCUUCCCAACGACAAACUCAAAGCACUGCUGCCUAAACACGCUAAACCGGAAAAUUGUCCCAACAUAACCACGGUAAGAGUCAACCCAGAAAUUUGGCAUCAAAUGAAUAAUUUUAGGCGCAAAGCCGACCUGAGAGUCAGCAACAUACAACAAGCCUUACAGAAAGCCACUUUCGAAAUUCUAAAAGUAUGCGAUAAAUUAGUGGAUCCGCCACCGAGCACAGACAAGGAAACACUGGCCACUAACAUCAACGCCAGUGUCCUAUUAGGACACCCUGUCGGGGAGCUUUCCCGCUUACAGCGAAAGCAGAUUAAAACGGCCCUUUAACCCGAAUUUCAUUCGCUUAACGUAAAUAUGUGCACAAUGGCCUCUUUAUUACAAAUGAUUGUUGCACGUCAACACUGAAAGCCACAAAAGAAACGGUGCCAUAGCCUCCAUGAUCUUUCGAGUGCCGACUCCGAGUCUGAAGACAACGACCACGAGGCGUCUGGUAAACAAAGGAUCGAGGAAGACGUAUUAAGUAUCUCGCCCUCGGAUGAAGACAUAAAUGAAUUCCUUGAGGUAUCGAACCCCAAAGAGGCCGAAGUCACAGCUAAAACAACUGAGCCCAAAGAAGGAGUCGAGCUUCUGAAAUCUCUAGAGGCUGCCUUCACUGACGAUGAACUUGUUGGCACCAAAAUAAACCAACGCUUGGCUAACAUAGUGUCCAAAUGGUGGGGCAUUACCCUUCCCAACGACAAACUCAAAGCACUGCUGCCUAAACACGCUAAACCGGAAAAUUGUCUCGACAUAACCAAGGUAAGAGUCAACCCAGAAAUUUGGGAUCAAAGGAAUAAUUUUAGGCGCAAAGCCGACCUGAGAGUCAGCAACGUACAACAAGCCUUACAGAAAGCCCCUUUCGAAAUUCUAAAAGUAUGCGAUAAAUUAGUGGAUCCGCCAUCGAGCACAGACAAGUAAACACUGGCCGCUAACAUCAACGCCAGUGUCCUAAUAGGACACCCUGUCAGGGAGCUUUCCCGCUUACAGCGAGAGCAGAUUAAACCGGCCCUUUAAGCUGUAUUUCAUUCGCUUUGCUCCCAGGCAAAUGAAUCGAGCAGUCGCUCUGACCUGCUUUUUGGGGCCGUCCAAGCAAAGCAGGUACAUGACGCUAAAGAUACUAACAAAAUUGUAUAAGACAUAGUUGUAGGCAAAGCUGGCACGACAAAUUUCUCGCGCCCAUAAAAUUCCCAUCAUGAUAAGCACAGGCCCCAAAAGAACUAUGGGAAACACUACUGGCCUGCAGAGAGCAAACCUCCUUUUUUAGGGAAGGGUCAGAAAAAACCCAACUUUUCAAAGCACCGAAUUGAGAGGACAUGAUACAAUCUUUGGAAAACAUUAAAAAAUCGGUAAGUGAAUUCCCAUCUUUGUUAUGUGACCUUAAGGAAUAUUUGGACAAUAGAUGCACUCAUUUUCGGGCUGGUUGCAUAACCGAGUCCAUUAGCAACUUGCAGAUGAUUACCUCUGAUAAGGAAAUUUUGACGUCUGUCAGAGGGGCUACAAUUGAGUUUCACACCCAACCGUAUAACACUAAACGCCCACAAUCCACUUUCUCUGCCGAAGAAAAUGCCAUUAUUGACAGUGAAGUUGCAAAACUGCUGCAUAAAAACAUUAUUGAAACAACCGAUCAUACUCCUUAUGAGGUGAUCUCCAACAUCUUCAUUAGGCCUAAGAAAGAUGGAGGCCACAGACAAAUUUUAAACCUCAAGGGACUAAACCAAUUUGUCACUUAUCACCAUUUUAAAAUGGAGACACUUCAGUCAAUAGUACAAUUAGUCAAAAAGAAUUGCUGUAUGUGCUCGCUAGAGGAUGCUUAUUAUACGGUUGGCGUGAGCCCCUCGCACAGGAAAUACCUAAGUUUCAUGUGGAAAGAUGUUCUGUAUCAGUUCACGUGCCUACCCAAUGGGUUAUCCUCUUGCCUCAGGAAAUUCACAAAAUUGCUAAAACCGCCGCUUACCGAAUUACAGAAACAGGGUCACAUAUCAGCUAGUUACAUUGAUGACCUUUACCUCCAAGGGAGAACAUACGAUCUAUGUGUCUCUAACGUGAUUGACACUUUUAUUCAAUUUGAUUCCUUGGGGUUUACAAUCCAUCCAGACAAGUCUGUCUUCAUCCCAUCCCAACGUCUGGUUCCAUUAGGCUUUAUUAACGACUUGGUCGCCAUGACUAUCACACUGAUCCCUGAAAAGGCCUUAAAAGUUAAAGAAGCUUGCGGCACUCUUCUGGGACAAGGCCUUCCGAAAAUACAACAAGUAGCCUUUGUGAUAGGAAAAAUUAUUUCAUCAUUCCCUGGGGUCAUGUAUGGUCAACUUUAUUAUAGAGUUCUUGAGCAUACCAAAACCGUAGCCCUCAAAACCGCCAAUGGCGAUUUUGACAGUCAUAUGUCCGUAACUGAAGAUUGCAAAAAGGAACUCCAGUGGUGGGUGGACAACAACGCGAGUUCCCAUAACGUCAUAACCCAUUGACAACCCUCAAACACCCUCACCACCGACGCAUCUCAGAAUGGUUGGGGGGCAGUUCACAAUGACACAAGCACCAGGGGGUUUUUGGUCCAACGAGGAAAAAUCACAUCGAAUUAACUACCUUGAAUUAUUAGCAGUGUUCAUGGGCCUACAAACCUUUUGUAAAACACAUUACAACAGCCACCUUCGAAUCUUGACUGAUAACACGACUGCGAUGGCAGUCCUGAACCAUAUGGGGACUAGCGAUUCAGAUCCUUGCAGCCGCCUAGGAAAAGAAAUUUGGGAAUGGUGCAUCGACCGUAACAUAUGGCUUAGUGCUGCUCACAUCCCCGGGGUUCACAAUAUCAAGGCUGAUUUCGAAGCAAGACGAACCAACGAUAACACGGAAUGGAUGCUUGAUAGGGCCUACCUAAACAAUGCACCGUCGCAACUAAGUUUGCACCCGAAUAUAGACCUUUUUGCUUCACAACUAAACAAUUUCCUCAAUAUGUAUUGUUUAAGCCUGACCCAGGUGCAGUUGCCGUUGAUGCUUUUUCACUAACUUACGUUAUCUUUAAAUCUACGCUUUUCCUCCAUUCAGUGUAAUCAACGCAUUUCUUCAGCGAGUCCGGAGGACCACGCCUCAGGAAUCCUGAUCAUACCCACUUCACAAAACCCUAAUGCUACUAGUAUGCCACUCGUCUGGGAGCAACUACAAAAGUUAGGUUUAUCCCCUGAUACCAUAGACAUCCUCAUGGCCUCUUGGAGAAAAUCCACCAGGAAACAGUACGCAACCUACCUCUCUCGAUGGGUGACUUAUUGUAAAAACAAACAAUUGGAUGUCACCCAUGCCACCAUUAACGACGGCCUGGAUUUUCUCACUUUACUUUACAAACACAGGGUCGGUUACAGUGCUAUCAACACUGCUCGAUCUGCCUUGUCCUCGGCUAUUACACCAGCGGACAAGAAGACUUUUGGAAAACAUCCCCUUGUAACCUGCUUCCUAAAAGGAACCUUUGAACUUAGACCAUCUCUGCCCAGAUACUCCACUACAUGGGACGUUAGCAUUGUUCUCACAUACCUUCGAUCAUUUCCGGCCCUUAAUGACUUGACAUUAAAACAACUUACGCUGAAUCUUACAAUGUUACUUGCCCUUGCCACCACGCAGCAAACUCAAACACUCUCCAAACUGGACACCUCAUGUAUGCAGGAAAACACGACCAGAAUUACCUUCACUAUACGGGACACCUUGAGAACAACUCAACCUGGCAAACACCUUGCGCCCAUUCAAAUUCGACCAUUCACCCCAGACUCCUGUCUUUGCCCGGUAACCUACAUCAAACAUUACAUCACGAAAACGCAUUCGCUGAUCAGUUACACUGUGGAUAGAUGGAUUAGAUCUACGCUCUAGUCACACAGCCACCACCUCUUACAGCGCCAACGCACAACUUCCUCUAGCAGAUAUUCUCAAGGCUGCGGGCUUGUUGAACGCUCAAACAUUCGCUGAUCACUAUAACAAGCCUAUUAGUGGCAACCUCGGUCAAACUCUUUUGACUCAUUUUGACU